UGGCGGGAUGAGGCAUCAGCGCAGUCAAACGCAAGUGGUUAGGUUAUCUCCAUUUCCCGUUUGUCAUAACUCAAGCUCAUCAACCGUCUCAUCCUUUUUGGAUUUGGACGCUUGACGUUCAUCCCACCCCUGUUGUUCAAAGGCAGACACACUGCGGGGGAGAGCGGACCGCGGCCCAGCAUGGGUGCGAUGAGCUGAGCGAAUGCGCUCUCGAGGCCCAACACCAUCACCACCGCUUUACAACCCUACCCGCUGCGCACACGCCGCCAGCCGCGCUGAUUCGCCACGUCCUUGCCCCCACAAGCUCACAGGGCUAGCGAGGCAGAGCAAACCCACCGCUUCAAGAGCACACGAGACCCGGCGGGCCGCGGGCUUUUGUUUGCUCUGCUUGUCGCUCGCGCCCCUUGAAGCCAAGGCCAGAAGCAGGCUUGCCUUUGCGCUCGAUCGCCGCUUGGGUCAGACUGUUCGAACUUGCUCGAAUCUUCAUUCAUCAGAAUCCCUGCCAACGACCAGCCGAGUGAUCGCCAGUCGCUCGCGUCGCCGCACCACCUUCCGAUCUUUUCGAUUCGAUCGACCGGGGAGCGUCACGCAGAGGCGACUCGAAAGCAGGGCCAACAUCCACUAUAUAACAAGGCAAGUCUGUGCAGCGGCUCUGACGCUCACCGCACUGGCCACAGCCAGGCAGUUCAUCACACUCCUCGCCUGCGACAACCCGUUGGCAACGUCCCCCACCCCACUGCAAACAUAGCAUCAUGCUAGCAACACCGGCAGAGGGUUCAAGCCGACGCCGGUGCCG